GUUGGUCCUCUGGCCAUGGAUAUUGAGCAGCAGCAGGCGGAGGUCCUCCAGCAAUUCGUGAAGCAGGCUGGAAAUCUUGAAGGGUCGUCUCUUGCUGCUCUUCUAAUAGAGGCGACGUCGCAUCCGUCGCUCUUUGCGUUCUCUGAGAUUCUCUCCGUCCCCAAUCUCUCCACGCUUGAAGGGACUCAAUAUUCUAGUUCUCUUGACUUGCUUCGGUUGUUUGCCUAUGGUACUUGGACUGAUUACAAGAGUAAUGCUAGUGGUCUUCCAGCCUUGCUGCCCGAACAAGUUUGCAAGUUGAAGCAACUUAGUGUGUUGGCAUUGGCCGAGAAUAAUAAGGUGCUACCUUAUGAUCAACUAAUGCAAGAACUUGAUGUUUCAAAUGUGAGGGAGCUGGAAGACUUUCUUAUUAACGAGUGCAUGUAUUCGGGAAUUGUUAGAGGAAAACUGGAUCAAAUGCGCAGGUGCUUUGAGGUUCAAUUUGCUGCUGGCAGGGAUUUGAGGCCAGAACAAGUAACCAGCAUGAUACAAACACUAGCUAACUGGCUGAGCCUUUCUGACAACUUACUCCAUUCUAUUCAAGAUAAAAUCAAAUGGGCUGAUAGCAUGAAUGAGGUAGACAAAAGACACCGGAAAGAAGUUGAAGACAAGGUGGAAGAUGUGAAAAAGACGCUAAAGAAGUUACACACUUUAAGCAGGCCGACUUGGACUUACGAGGACACGAUGAGACCCUCUUCUCUGAUACUGGAGGACUAAUGAUGGAAUACGAGGAGGACCGGGUUCGAUCUAAAAGGAGGCGACAGCCAAUGCCAUAGAGACGCACUUGUUUUUGAUGAAAUGGGAGGUUUUCCCUAUAGUUGCUCGGAGGUUUUUUUUUCUUUGGUUUUUGGGUGGGAAGCGGCAUUUCUGAAUUGAUUACUCUCUUCAGUCCGCAACUGUUAUAAAUCAUUUUGAGCUGGUCAUAUUUAUAAAUUUGCAUUUGGUUUUAAUCUUAUUCAAAACAUUGGGAAUCCCAUUUAAUUGAUUAUGAGAUUGUGCUUACUAACCUUUCAUUUUUCUUUUAAUUUAAGAAUUAAAAUUGAUGUAUUUACAGGUUCACAUGAGCAAUCCUUUGAGUUACUUUUA